CCCUUAGAUUUUAUCCUUUCAAGGCCAUAUUAAGAGGAAAAAAAAAGGUUAGUUUUCCCUAUCUGACUCACUAAUUUAAUCAUUCUCACACGGUCACACUUGAUUUCACACUGCACGGUGAGUGAGUUAGUGAGCUCCUCUCUGAAACAAUGUCAACUAUCAUUUCCCCCAAUUCCUCUCUCCUAAUUCUCAACCCAUUUUCCAAAUCCAAAUCCCAACCCCAAUUUCAAUCCUUCUCUUUCAACAAUCCCUCCAAUUUGUCCCCUUCAAUCACAUCCCAAAAUCAUCCCCAAUUCACCCCAUUUCCAAAAACCCUAACCCUAACUCAACCCCCAAAACCCCGACUCUCCGCCAUCAAUGCCACCGCAAACGACGCCGCUAAACCCACCGAAACCCUAAAAACCCGCCUCAAAAAUGGCGAAACUCUCUACGGUCUCUUCCUCUGCUCCUUCUCCCCCACCCUCGCCGAAAUCGCAGGCCUCGCCGGGUACGACUUCGUCGUCGUCGACAUGGAACACGGCUACGGCGGCAUCCCCGAGGCAUUGACAUGUCUCCGUUCCCUCGCCGCCACCGGAACUCCGGCAAUUCUCCGGUUACCGGAAUCCACCGCAGCUUGGGCCAAAAAGGCCCUUGAUUUGGGCCCACAAGGUAUAAUGUUCCCAAUGAUUGAAUCCCCAAAAGAGGCCCAAAAGGCCGUAUCAUACUGCAGGUACCCGCCCAAUGGAGUCCGUGGGGCGGCCCAUUCAAUAGUCCGGGCAUCCGGGUACGGAAUCGACGCGGGGUAUUUAGGUAAUUGUGAAGAUGAGUUGUUGAUCAUGUGCCAGGUGGAAUGCGAGGAUGCGAUUGAGAAAAUCUCGAAGAUCGCAGCCGUUGAAGGGGUGGAUUGCAUUCAAAUGGGACCGUUGGAUUUGAGUGCGAGUAUGGGGUAUUUGUGGGACCCAGGGAAUAAGAAGGUGAGAGAGAAGUUGAGGAAGGCUGAGAAGGAAGUGUUGGAGGGUAAAAUUGGAAAUGAGAAAAAUGGUGGGGCCUACUUGGCAGGGUUUGCUAUGCCGCAUGAUAGUCCAAUGGAGUUGAAGUCACGUGGGUAUCACAUGGUAUCGGGUGCGGUGGAUAUACUGUUGUUUAGGAAAGCUGCGGUGGAAGAUGUUAGGAAGUUUAAGAUUAGUUUGGAGAUUGGUGAUGCUUCGUCUGAUGAUGAUGAUCCAACGGCUGAGGGUGUUGAUGCUGAUGAUAAGUAUUGGAGUGAGUGAUUUUAGUUUUAUUUAUUAAAUGACACUGUUAUUUUUCUUGAUUGUCAAUUGUUUUUGAUUUAGGGAGUUAAAUAAUGAGUUAAAAUGUCAUUGUAUUGGAUUAGUGGAGUAGUUAGCUUUAGCUUAAUUGGACAAGUUGUUAGUAAUUGGAACAUGGCGAAAUAAAGUUCGAUAUUUUGGGUUGUCUCUA